GACCAGGAUCCCCAGUGGGCAGGAUGGUCACUGUCGAUCAUGUCGGAUGGCUUGCUCUUGUCGGUGUCAUCGUACGCCCAGGAUGUCUUGGCCUUUGCCUCCAUGUUCUUGCACAAAUGCGGGUUCCUGUCAGCGGUACCAAGAUCUGCUCCGAUAGGCAUUGCUGCGCAGACCUUCGCAUCCGUGGAGGAGAGGAACGAGAUGAUGCUCCAAAACAGUUUCCUCCGCGAGCGCUUCACCGAGGAGUAUGAAAACAAGCUGUACAAGUGCGGCGUGCGGCUUGCUGUCUUCAACUCAGCCCUGCGGCGGUCGGAGGUGAUGACCAACACUGCCCGGAUGGAUCCCGGGUUUGGGCACUUCAUUACGCCACUCCCUGCCGACGGCAUUGAGAUGGCGAAGCUGUACGGAUCCAAGUCUUUGUGGGCGACCGAUCAAGGCUAUUUCUACUCCAUCGGCCUGAUCCCAGCGACGGUUUGCGCUUCGAAGAAGUUCGUGACGGAGACGAAGAUGCCGUUCUGUGAGGUGAUCAAGGGCGAUCUGGAAGAGACCAUGGAGGACUUCCGCUUCUCGAAGAAGAGGGAGGUGACGUUCGCCUACCUGGGCGAUGGGGACGACUUCGGGCUCUUCUUGGAUGGCUACACUCUGGAGCGCGUGAUCCUGUGGAAGCGGGUGCCCUUGGUGAUGAAGUUUCAGCGGCACCUGGAUGCCAUUGGCAGGCCGUACACGGUCACCCUCUGCCG